AUGGGCCCAUCUGCUUUUGCAUUCGCGUUUGUGGCCUCUAUCGAUUCUAUCAGGUUCUUUGGUCCAGCCAUGGCGCCUCGCAUGCAAGCCCGGAAGCGCCGCAGCAGCACUGCCCUGCCAGCAGCGAAGGUGGCCAAAACCAGACAGGAUACAACUGCCCUGGUGGCCGAGCUCGUGACUGCUCUGAAGCGCUCCUUUCAUCAGAACAGAAACACAAAAGAUGCCACCGCCAUGGCCGGGUAUGUGAAGGGCAAGUUCCCUUUCUAUGGCCUCAAAGCCCCCUUGCGUCGGCAGCUGGCUGGCGAAGUGCUCGCAUCAUGGCAGGCUCGUCACCAACAUGACAUCGACCAGGACGUGGCGCGGCAACUGCUCGAGGAACUCUACUGCUGCAAAGAGCGCGAGCUGCACUACGUGGGUGCCGAGGUUUGCUCUGGACUCCUGCGGAAAGGCCGUGUCGGUUGCGAUUUCCUACCCGUUGUAAAGCACGGCGUUACCAAGAACAGCUGGUGGGACACGGUGGACAUUUUUGCCGCGUCAUCAAUGUCGCCCUACCUGCUGGCUUGCGGAGGUGGAAGCGCUCCAAGUUCAGAUUUGCUUCAAGAAAUGGACCAGUGGGCCGUUUCGUCAAAUGUCUGGCUUCGCAGAACUGCCAUCCUUUGCCAAUUGAAACUGAAAGGACUUACAGAUGUCAGAAGGCUUCAGCGUUACAUCCUCCUGAACGCGUCUGACAAGGAUUUCUUCGUGCGGAAGGCAAUUGGCUGGGCUCUCCGUGAGUAUGCAAAGCAUGACGCAAAGUGGGUGAAGCAGUUUCUCAAGCAGCACAAGGUUGCUUCGGAGCUCCGGGAGUUGCGCCUGCAAGCCGUGCUCAAGGUCACCGAUGGAACCAGUGCUGUCGUUACAAGCUCAUGUUUACAUUCGAAUGAACAUCUGACUCUCAGAGCUGCUGCCGUCCAAGCUCAUGUGUUCCACGUGCCGUCGGGAAUGCUCUCCUCACAGCGCUUCGAGGAGAGCACGCGAUUGCUUCAGGCACGGCCAACAGCUACACGGUAUUUGAAAGAAGCACUGGUCAGCACCUUGCGCAGCAUCUCGAGCCACGUGACUAGAACGUAG